AAAGCAAGAUGGCGGACGUGCUGGAUCUUCAUGAGGCCGGGGGCGAGGAUUUCGCCAUGGAUGAGGAUGGGGACGAGAGCAUCCACAAACUGAAAGAAAAGGCGAAGAAACGGAAGGGCCACGGCUUCGGCUCCGAGGGUUCUCGAGCUCGGAUGCGUGAGGAUUAUGACAGCGUAGAGCAGGAUGGCGAUGAACCUGGACCACAACGCUCUGUUGAAGGCUGGAUUCUCUUUGUCACUGGAGUCCAUGAGGAAGCCACUGAAGAAGACAUUCACGAUAAAUUUGCAGAGUAUGGGGAAAUAAAAAACAUCCAUCUCAACCUGGACAGGCGUACAGGAUACCUGAAGGGGUAUACUCUAGUUGAGUAUGAAACAUACAAGGAGGCCCAGGCUGCUAUGGAAGGACUCAAUGGCCAGGAUUUGAUGGGACAGCCGAUCAGUGUGGACUGGUGUUUUGUUCGGGGUCCACCCAAGGGCAAGAGGAGAGGUGGCCGAAGACGCAGCAGGAGUCCAGACCGGAGGCGGCGCUGACAGUCCAUUUGUUGUCCAGGUGUUCUCUCCAGAGAUUCCAUCUAACAAUGCAGCCUUGGAGAAACAGGGCUGAGGUGGAACUCACUUUGUUUAUAUUUAAUUUCUUAACCUACCUGGUUUAUGUUUCUUUUGAGUUAUGAAUAAAUGUCCCGUUUUGUUUUCUA